CGAGAUCUCAAAAGCAGCACAGCGCCAAUAGCUGCCCGAAGCGGACAGCAAAGGUUGAUUCCGAAUCCAAAGGCAGCCUCUGCUUGCCAGCCGGCGCUCCAAGGAGUACUCCGAGCACGCCAUCGACGCGAGGGCAGCACCAUGAGCGCCCUCGAGCACUACGCGGCGCCAUCACAUGUCGCGCCGAGCGGCGGCUUCGCUACUGAAGACGCUUCGAAAGAGGACACGGGUAAGGAGAACAGAGAUAGGUACCACUGGAACGAGUGGGACCUGACGCAGAACGGGGGGUGGCUCAAGGACUGGCUCGAGCUGAACAUGGACCAGAAGACUGUGUAUGAUUCUGACGAGUAUCUCAUACGACUAAGGAACUGCUACCGCGACACGGGCGAAGCUGUGAUCAACCAGCGGAAGGGCAAGAUGUUUGCUACAUAUAACUUAGAUCUCAUGGUCAAGUGGUACGCGUGCCAUCGUAUUGAUGGCAAAAUUAUUGGGGAGUGUCGCGGGCGGUUCAAGGUCACGGAUUUCAGUUCGGAGCACUGCCUACCAACGGGUUUGUGUAAGGAAGGGGCUGAGGAUGAAUACGUCGGGACGCAUGAGAAUCAAGGCGAGUGGGAGUUCAAGAAGUCCAAUGCGCCGCAAGGACCGGGUGCGGACCAGGUGGACCCCAAACUAAAAGCUCCGGAGGUUGAUAUUUCUGAUGCGGAGGCUCAUCUCAAAAAAAUUGUUGGGGAGCGGGGCUGGUUGCCCGUUCGGGAGCGGUUGACGCACCUACAUAAACAUCUGGCGAAAGUCGCCGACGCGAAGAGAGAUGGGGUGACCUUGAUGCCUGAGUUGUUACCUGAAUUAGAAUGCGAUAUCGCUUUACGAGAAAAGCAGACGACCGAUCGGUAUGUGAAAGGCGUCAAAGCGGGUCUGAGGAACACGGAUAAAUUUGCCCCGAUGAUCGCAUCCGUUUCUGAUCGGACAUGUAUCAAGUGUGACUUGAGAUGUUUAUCCUUGUCUGAUAACGAUAUGGGAGCUAUUGUCGAGGCCCUGCCUCCCAAAAAUUAUGAGGUAAGUGAGGGCGAAGUCGGUCUCGAGAGCAUCGACCUGUCCUACAACGAAAUUACGGAUAGUGGCGUCCAGAAAUUGAUGUUCGCGCUCGCCGCGGGGGCCGCGCCGCACCUGAAGCAAAUCAAUGUGCACAAGACGUCGAUCACCGAGGUGUCGCGGCGG